AUGGUUCAUCUUGCUGUUCUAUGAAGACUGUCGGUAGCUGUAAGAAUGUGUCUUUUGAAGAUGCUGGUUUAGACAGUUCGAGGGAAAGAACAGGAGGUAGCAAGAGUGAUCAAAAUGCAAAGAAAUCUUGUAUGCAGACUCGGUCUAGGAAGAAUCAAGGAAAUAAAACUUUUUUUCAUCAAAAUGUAUAGCGGGUGUCGCCCGGACUGUGAGGUUGUCCAGCGCUGAGAAUGAGGCAUCUGUGCGUUUUGUGGACACUAUUGAGAAUCCCUUUUGUGACUUUAAUAUUCAUGGUGCUGGUCAUUCGUUGGAAAGACAGGUGGACAACAGGACAUUGGUCUGUGCAUAUACAGAGGAGGAAUUCAGCAUGAGCUGGGUCAUGCCCUCGGAUUUUAUCAUGAGCACUGCAGAAGUGACCGGGACAACCAUGUGCAAAUUAUGUGGAAUAAUAUUGAUCCAGGUUACCAUGGUAAUUUUGCUAAACAAGAAUCAUAUAACAUGAGACUACCUUAUGAUUAUUCGUCAGUGAUGCACUACCCAGGGUAUGCCUUUGCAACUGAUUCUUCUUUGCCAACCAUAGAAACAGUUCCCAAUCCAAAUGUACCAAUUGGUCAGCGAUAUGGAAUAAGUAACUUAGAUCUGGGAAAAAUUAAUGCAUUGUUUAAUUGUGGAGUCUGUAGCACCUUGGCAACUGAUACAUCAGGAACAUUUUCAUCUGAAAACUACCCUGCUAGCUACCAUAGCAAUUCCUACUGUGUCUGGCUUAUUAGGCCUCCAAAUAAUCAGGCCUUGCUGCAGUUUGACAACUUCAACCUACAGACCUCAGUAAACUGUGAAAAUGACUACAUCAAAGUCUAUGAUGGUAACAGCAGGUCUUCCAAUGUGCUGCUGGACAGGUUCUGUGGUACAGCUAUGCCUCCCUCACUGAUUUCAUCAGGCAAUUAUAUGCUUGUGGAAUUUGUCACAGAUGAGACAGUUUCAGCACCUGGAUUUAAAGCACGAUACAGUGAAGUGUCUUGUGGUCAGACAUUUAUGACUUCAUCUGGAGUUUUCUCAUCUCCAAACUAUCCCUCCACAUACCCUGACAACAUGGACUGCACCUGGGUUAUAAUUACUUCACCUGGGAAAAGGAUUCAACUCCAAAUGAAUGCAUUUCGCCUUCAGGGUGGAUUUAACAAUGGUUGUCCUAACGACUAUGUGACCAUUCAUGAUGGCACCCACCAUACAUCUCCGAUUUUGGGCAAAUAUUGCGGAGAUGUGGCAGUGCCACAAGUGGUCUCAUCUAGAAAUGAAAUGAUGCUUCAGUUCCACAGCGAUUUUACGAGGGGACAAACAGGAUUCCAGGCUCAAUACAGAAUUGUGAAAUAGCUGUGACCACCUCUUUAUGAUGGGGCUUGAGUCUGAUGAAAGGAUAAACCAAAAGUGCCACUGGAUGAACUAUAAACCAUUGGGAAGGAAGAAUUCUAUAAAAGACAACAGUCACUGGCAAAAUAUUUAAAGAAACAAUGCUUCUUAAGACAGCCCUUAAAGUAGUAGUAACCUAUCAUAAAUAACAUAGUACAAUAGUUGAUUACUGUUCAUAAACUGGAAUUUUUAUACUAUAAUAAUAUGCAUGUGAAGUAAUCUGGUCAUUUAGUGUAAACAUUCAUUUCACCUUGUGUCAAUAAUUCAAAUUAUAAUGCGAUUUAUAAGUGUUGCAUUUUUUUUUAAUUUUUGUACAUAAGACUGUAUCAUCAGUUAUUAAGAGAUGGCAGCAAUAUCUGUCAUGCUUCCCUGGCAUCUCUUCUAUGUCAUUUGCAUUUAUAGCACAAUAGUCAUUCUAAAAAAACCCUUAAUACCCACGGGAGGUGCCAGCACUCAAUGAUGCUUACUAACCACCAGUUUUUUUUACAUAGAGCCAAGUCUACAAAGUACAAUUUAUAAAACAAUUCUAAGUGAUGGUCAUAAAUGAGAUCCUGCACAAAUGGUUCCAGGCAUCUGUCUAUAUCCUUGUGGUCCUUAACAACAGGCACCUAAAUACUAAUGAAAGCUGCAAACACAGGUCAAUGGUAUCUAAAUGCCAACCAUAACUGGGUACCAGCUGCUCAGUCCACCUACCAUGGAGACUUACUGAUACCCAGGCUACCUGCACCAUUAGGGGUUAGUGGCAACAAAGCAGGGAACAAGAUACUUAUGCUAAUCUAGUGUUAAUCAAGUGGAUGUUCCUGGGAUAAAGCAUUAUGUUGCAGACCCAGAAGCUUCCCUAUGGUGAUAGGAAGAUUCUGGAGGGCUGGGCAUGACAUUUGCUGAAUAAAGAAUUGUAUGAAAGGAUAAAUACAGUUAUAAACCACCAUACUCAGUAUAAAGACAGCUUGUGUGCAAUAACAAAAUUUCUCACACCGACAAUAUAUUAAAGAGAUGUAUCUAAAGAAUACAGAUGUUAACACAAAGUCUGUAGAAACAAGGGCAAAAUAAAUGUCAGUGGGAAACAUCAGCAUUAAAUAAUGGAUGAAGAUCUACAACUUUAAUGAAUAAAUAAGGCUGAUAUUUUGCAUUUAUUCUACCAGGAUUCAAAUCUGGGUACAAAUUGUUCAGCUUGCUCACCAGCUGCUGCUUAGUAAAGCAGGACAUGACGACAUCUAAGUAUCCGCAUAAUAUGAAACCCCCCUCCAUUUUCAUUAUUAGCAAAUGCAAAAUAAAUAGAAUUACCUACAAUGAAAAAGUGGAGCAGGUAGAAUGUGUGGCUAUUAAAUAAAUGAUAUACGACUACAUAAACUGACAGUAUUUGUACAGUUUAAAGGGACAGUACACAAAGCGUGUUGCCAAGAGAAGAGUUCCGGAUUACAGUUAAUGAGAAACAAACUUUUCAUUUCACUGUGUGCAUAUUUGAGUAAAUGACUUAAAAGAUGUGGGCAUAAUUUUAAAACUAGUUAUUUCCAGACAUAGUGAAGUUUUAACUUCCUUCCAAACUGCACUGGUGAGGCUUAUAUUAUGAAUACGCACCUUUCUGAUAUGGUCAGUUAGACAAACAGGAGAUAAAUAAUCCUGAUGGAAAUAGUUCUUUCAAAGCACAAAAAACAAUGUGUUCACUAUUUAUUAGGAAAGCAGGGAGGAAUGAGCACCUUCUGUAUUUCAGUAGUGGAGUAAUCAGUCCUAAAGUACAAGUGUUUACAAGGAAAUAUGUAGAAGUAAAACAUGAAGGGAGGGAAUGACCGGGAGAUACAAUGACAGACCCAAAAUGGAACAGCUUAGCAAGUGACCUUCAGAAAUAAUAGCUGCAUUUGAGAUAUUACUAGAUAAACAAGUCAUGUCUCACCCUUAACAACAUAUUUCUGUUUAUUGCCUUUCUGCUAUUUAUCAGUCACAAUAAACCCUGGAUUUCCGUCACUCCUCUUAAUAUAUUAAAUAUGCCAUAUAUACAUAUAUAU